AUGGAUAGUUUACUCUUAGAUGUAGUUUCGGCAGCAAAGUUUGGAUUCAACCUGUAUAUAGACCUCUUGUGUGAAUACAAUUUUUCUGCCCUAAUAGUAUCAUCUAUAACCUUUAUGCUCAUUUUGUCAGUUUUCGAAAUAUCUGAUGGCAGGCUUGUAUGUUCCCUUUUUGCCUGUGUGAGAAAGACCCCUUUCAUAAGAUCGUACAUUAAUAAGAAGAUAGAUGAAGCUUCAAAAGAAAUACAUAAGGAGGUUCAUAAAAAAACCUCACAUAUUGUAUUUGAAAAGAACCUUCCUAUCUGCGGACAAACUGUGGAGAAUGUACUCUCAAGUGCCCGGAAGUAUAAAACAUUGGAAUAUAUAAAGUGGAACGAAGGCUUUGUUUCUGGAAGCGUUUACCCAAGAGAUAAUGCUCUUACGGUUUUGUGCACGGAUAUCUAUAAGGAAUUCCUCUGGACAAAUCCAUUACAUCCGGAGCUUUUUGUUGACAUUCGACGAAUGGAAGCUGAGGUUGUACGUAUGUGUGUUACAAUGUUCCAUGGAGAUAAAGAUGCAUGCGGUACUACUACGUCAGGAGGAACAGAAAGCAUUCUUCUUGCAUGUUUGGCCUAUCGUCAGCUUGCACGUGAACAUGGUAUCAAACAUCCAAAUAUGGUAAUUCCGGUCACAGCUCAUCCGGCAUUUGAUAAAGCUGCACAUUAUUUUUCUAUUAAAGUAAUUCAUGUUCCAUUGGAUCCUAUUACGUAUCAAGUAGAUAUGAUUGAAAUGAAAUCAUCAAUAACCGAUGAUACAUGUAUGCUUGUUGGUUCAGCACCAGGAUUUCCCCAUGGAAUAAUUGAUCCUAUAGAAGAAAUUGCUAAAUUAGGUCAUAGAUAUAAUAUACCAGUUCAUGUGGAUUGUUGCUUAGGUGGUUUCCUUUUACCUUUUAUGGAAAAAGUUAGUUAUCCAAUUGGAGAAUUUGAUUUUCGGUUGCCUGGUGUCACAAGUAUAUCAUGUGAUACACAUAAAUACGGGUUUGCACCAAAAGGCACAUCUGUUAUAAUGUAUAGAAAUCAAUAUUACCGAUCUAAACAAUACUUUACACAGACAACUUGGCCUGGUGGCAUAUAUGCUUCAUCAACUUUACCAGGAAGUCGACCUGGUGCGUUAAUUGCUACUUGCUGGGCAACAAUGAUGUAUCAUGGAGAAAAUGGUUAUUGCAAAUCUACUAAACGUAUCAUCAGUACUACUCGAUAUAUUAUAAAUGAAUUACGUAAAAUACCGGGUAUUUUUGUAAUUGGUGAACCAAAUGUUUCCAUUGUAGCAUUUAGUUCAAAUAAUUUUGAUAUAUAUAAAUUAAGUCAUUUAUUAUCAGAUAAACCAAAUGGACGUGGUUGGAAUUUAAAUAAUUUACAAUUUCCACCAGCGAUUCAUUUAUGUGUUACAGAUAUGCAUACAACAAAAGGUUGUGCAGAACAAUUUAUUCAAGAUGUAAAAGAUGUAGCUAAAGAAUUAAUAAAACAACCAAAUAAAAAAUCUGAAGGUUCAGCUGCUCUUUAUGGAUUAUCACAAAUGAUACCGGAUCGUUCAAUUGUCACUGAAUUAGCUCAUUGCUAUUUAAAUGCAUAUUAUGAUACACCAAAUAAUGUAUCAUAA